AAGCUCCGCCGCAUCCUCUCAUUCAGCAGCUCUGUGUGCAGAACAUGCACUCGUGUCCUAAACAUUCUCUUAAAGCACAUGUCGCUUCACUUUGCGUAAUGCGUCUCUGUUAUCGAAUCCGUCAGAGAGGCUAAAUCGUGGACAUUGAGACGGCUCGUCUGCGGUUAUGAUGCAGCAUCAGUGGUGCAAUCUACAGUCCUGUGCUUACUUCAACAUGAAGACACUCGGAUAAUAUAUAACAGUUAAGAUUAUUCUGGAAAAAAAGUGAGACGAUCGAUCAACAAAACUGCAGGAACCCCAGUGUAAAAUGGAGGAUAGUUUUGAUUGUGACUGCGGUGAGCUGGAGCCGCCUGAUCAUUGAGAAGGAAACAUCUCACUGAGAUCAACUGUCCCUUUAGUUUCCCCUGCAUCAGGUGCUAAGAACAAGAAAAAAGUACAUUUUGGCCGUUGUGUAAUGCUGCUGCUCAGGGCCGGUCAUACACUGAAAAUUUCCGCACUGUGACAAUGGUUUUAUAGGAAGUGAGUUUUUCGGUUGUGUUCCAAGAUUUUUGAUUGGCCUCUAAAUUAAAUCAUUUUACGCCCGAUUAAACAUUGAACUAAAGAAGACGACCUUCUGCAAAGUUUGUAAAAAAUCUUUUGAUGAUGUCAUCAUAUUGCAGUAACGCAUCUGAAUUGGCUCCAAACACCUCUCAGAGUUUGCUGUGACAACCGGUCGGGGACGCUGCAGUCCUUGGGCCUUGUUUUUUCUUUUCAUAACAUUUCUCAACUAGCUCCAGUAGGUGUGAUCAACCGCUGCAUAUCAAUUUCCAAAUUGAGAUCUGCACAGAGCUGCUCUUCUAGGCGUAAAAAUGGCAGAGAAAUUCGAAAGCCUCAUGAACAUUCACGGCUUCGACCUAGGCCCACGCUACAUGGACUUGAAGCCGCUGGGGUACGGGGGUAACAGCCUUGUGUUUUCUGCCGUCGACACUGAUUGCGACAAGAGGGUCGCUGUGAAAAAGAUCGUCCUGACCGACCCUCAGAGCGUCAAACAUGCGCUCCGUGAGAUCAAGAUCAUCCGUAGACUCGACCACGACAACAUCGUGAAGGUGUUUGAAACCCUGGGGCCCAGCGGCCGGCACCUGACGGAGGAUGUGAGCUCCCUGACAGAGGUCAGCUCCGUCUACAUCGUCCAGGAGUACGUGGAGACUGACCUCUGUAAAGUACUCGAACAGGGCUUGCUGUCUGAAGAUCAUGCCCGCCUCUUCAUGUACCAGCUGCUGCGUGGACUCAAAUACAUCCACUCUGCAAAUGUGCUUCACCGCGACCUGAAGCCCGCCAACCUCUUUGUCAACACCGAGGACUUGGUAUUGAAAAUCGGGGACUUUGGGCUCGCCAGAAUCAUGGACCCCCACUAUUCCCAUAAGGGGCAUCUCUCUGAGGGUCUAGUCACUAAAUGGUAUCGUUCUCCUCGUCUGCUUCUCUCCCCAAAUAACUACACCAAAGCCAUUGACAUGUGGGCUGCUGGAUGCAUCUUUGCUGAGAUGUUGACUGGAAGAACACUCUUUGCAGGAGCUCACGAGCUGGAACAGAUGCAGUUGAUUCUGGAAUCCAUUCCUGUUGUCCAUGAAGAAGACCGAAUGGAACUACAAAAUGUCAUACCUGUCUUUAUCAAGAGUGACAUGUCAGAGCCACACACUCCACUUGCCAAGUUACUGCCUGGUGUCAGUCCUGAGGCCUUAGAUUUCCUGGAGAAGAUCUUGACCUUUAACCCCAUUGACCGGCUCACUGCAGAAGAGGCCCUGGCUCACCCGUACAUGAAUGAUUACUCCUUUCCUCUAGAUGAACCAGUGUCCUCGCAUCCCUUUCACAUCGAGGAUGAGGUGGAUGACAUCCUGCUCAUGGACGAGAGCCACAGUCACAUCUGCAACUGGGAGAGGUAUCACGACAGUCAGUUCUCUGAUCAAGACUGGCACCUGCACAGCACCCACGAACCCGAGGACGUACAGCGGGAUCCCCGGGCCAUGUCUGACGUGACGGACGAAGAGGAGGUCCAGGUUGACCCUCGCAAAUACAUGGAUGGAGAGUGCGAGAAGUUCUUGGAAGAUCCAACGUUCGACCUCCCGCCAGAGCUCUCGUGGGAACAUGAAGAUCACCACGAGAACAAGUACUGCGACCAGGAGUGCAGCUACACCUGCAACUACAAAGCUGUGUCCCCUUCCUACCUGGAUAACCUGAUCUGGAGGGACAGCGAGGUGAACCACUACUACGAGCCCAAGCUCAUCAUCGACCUCUCCAACUGGAAGGAGCAACAAAGCAAAGAGAAGCUCGACAAGAAGGGCAAGAGCAAGUGCGAGAAAAACGGGCUGGUGAAGGCCCAGAUGGCCCUACGGGAGGCGACUCAGAACCACGCCGUCCCCGAGAAGGACCGCGAGCAGGAGAAACACCAGAACCUCAACCAGGGCUUUGAUUUCGACUCCUUCAUCGCCAGCACCAUCAAGCUCAGCCUGCAGCCGGAACUCGGUGACGUGGACCUGCUGAAUGAGCUGAACACCUCGGUUUCUCAGCUGGACACCCGCGUCCCCGCUGGCUCCAUGUCCAAGUCCAUCAGUCAGGAGAAAGAGGAGAAGUGUCUGGUAAACCUGGCCCAGCUCGGCGUCUGGGCGCCUUGUCCUUGGGACAGUGACACGGGAGGCAUGGACGAGAGCAGCCUGAUCGACGAAGCCUGCUGGGAUGUCCGCAAAGAUGAGCAGCUCCAGAAGGAGAACAGCGACUGCCAGAGUAGUUACCUGGACCGGCUCUUCAGCAAACGCGAGGAGGUGGAGUCUGAUGUUCAGUCUGGCACCGUGGAAGCACCCGUCCCAGAGGACGACUUCAUAUCUUGCGGCAACAGCAUCGUCCUCAACUUGCAGCUAGAGUCUCUGGCCAUUCCGGGCUUCGAGGGAGCAGACGACAUUCCUCUGAAAUCUAUCCAGGCCUCGCUGACGCCCUCUGCUGUGAAGCGCUCCCCUCAAAUCGCCCACAAAACGUACAGCAGCAUUCUCAAGCAUUUGAAUUAAACUCCACCCAUUCAAGCAGAGUCCAGCUUAGUUUUUAGAGUUGUGUAUUUCUGUACUUGAAUCAUUUCAUAUCUUUUUAAUUUUUAAGGAAGCCUUUUUUUUACCCGAAUCAUAUAUGAAUUCAGUUAGCAAGUUUAUCUAAAAGUGCUGGACUGUGUUCACUUCACAAACAUGAAAACCCUCAGAUUUCCACUUUCUCUGACUGAUAGAAAUAAUAAUAAAUCAAACUAAUGGCAUGACAUUUGCACACAGUGUACUGUAGGUUGACGAUCGGGAAAGACUGUUAAACAGAAUUAGAUGGUGUGAUCGAUGUAGGCAAAGCAAUUGAGACGGCUAGCGUGGUAUAAUGCACUGACUUACAGUAAUGUGACCUUCUGACUGACAGCCAAUAGGAGAAAGACAAGCAGUGCAUCUUUGCCUUCUCUAUCUUACCUGACUUGAGGCUUUUUAUUUAUAAAAAUGUUCCAUCUGGUUUCUGUUCAAAGCGAUGCCUUUAGGCGAUUUGUUGAUAAUGUAAUCUUCCUGAAACACAAUGCCAGCAUGGAAAGCGUUAACUGUAGGUUUGUAAAGGCGUUAUCUACCUCAAGGUAACAGCAGAAGGUUUUGUCUCCCGACUGUAGUGCUUUAAUGAAUCACUUUCAUCCACUUCUACUUUCAUUUUGCGCUCGCCAUAGUGAAGUGUUAAGACCAUUAUUUAUUUUGAGUAGAUGUGAGAUAUUUAUUUUCAAAACGUUGUAAUUCUUUUUUUUAAUGCAAGUCAUUGGACUUCUGUUCUGGUCUGUCUUGGUGAUCUGUGUUUGUUUAGCUGUGGAUGAUCUCUCAUCCCUUUGAGUUGUACAGAAAUUCACAAUGCUCUCCCGAGUUCCAGCAUUUGUUUUCAAAAGGAUUUACCAUAAGGAAUUUUUUUUACUUGUUAGGUGCUUUGUACCAGUGGAAUACUGCUUUAUGGCAUUUUAUGCGCCUAAAAGUCUUAAUUUUCCUUUUUUAUAUCUAUUAUAGACAUUGUUAGAAUUGUGUGCAUGGAAGAAAACCCAUGGAAGGUACAUUAAAAUGAAGUUAAUGGUGAAGUAUAUUGUGAGUCAUUAAUUUUAUUUUAGUUGUAUGUUUUUAUUACCAGUUAAUUUUUCCAAGCAAGCAUGGUUGAAUUAGGUUGAGAUCUAGCAUGUAGUACACAUACCAAAUUUUCUUUUGUUUAGUUUUUUUAUUUUGCUUUUAAGUGCUGGUUUAUAUUAUUUGUUCCACUGUAAAGAAACAUCAAUAAAAUGGCCAGCAAAGA